AGUUACAAACUUUACAACUCACAACUCACUUGUCCAGGGGAAAAAAAAAAAACCAAACAACCAUGGCUCACCUAUAUCUCCUCCUCUGUUCUCUGCUAACCCUAGCAGCCCUGCAAGCCAUUAAUGCCGUCGAAUACGAAGUCACCAACGCCGUGCCAACCACCCCCGGAGGUAUCAUCUUCACGAACGAGAUCGGCCUCGACUACACUCGGCAGACACUACCAUCCGCCACAGCUUUCAUAUGGAACCUCUUCCAGCAAACCACUGAGGCUGACCGGAAGAGCGUGCAGCGCGUGAGCCUCUUCAUCGACGAGCUGGACCCUCCCUAUGCUGGGGCAGCAGCCAUAGCUUACAACAACAAAAUCAAUGUCAGUGCUGUGUACAUCCAAGGCUUCUCCGGUGACAGAAAGAGAGAGUUCACCGGGAUAGUUUAUCAUGAAAUGACACAUAUAUGGCAGUGGAAUGGAAAUGGGAACGCAAAUGGUGGUUUGAUCGAAGGGAUUGCGGAUUUUGUGAGGUUGAAGGCGGACUUAGCACCGGCACACUGGAGACAGGCCGGGGAGGGUGACAAGUGGGACGAGGGUUACGACGUGACGGCUAGGUUUUUGGAUUAUUGUGAGGGUCUUAGGAGUGGUUUUGUGGCUGAACUUAACAAGAAGUUGAGGAACAGUUAUGAUGUUGGCUUCUUUGUUGAGUUGUUGGGAAAGACAGUUGAUCAGCUGUGGAGCGACUACAAGGCAAUGUAUGUAAAUAAUUAGGGUUUAACUUCAUAGUAGUUCAUGCAUAAUUACAUAUAAAUGAAUAAAAUGAGUUGUGUGUAUUGUGUAAUGCUAUUCAAAACAUAAGCUCAAGUGAGACCAAAUAAAACGACUCGUUGAAAAA